AUGAAUUCUCUUCUCUCCGUCGUUUUAAUAUUUUCUGUUGCCGUUAUGAUGGCAUCUGGUUCAUCGAUUUCUUCUAAUGUUGGCUCCAGCAAACUGUGCGAUGAUUUUUUAUGUGAAGUGAAUGCCACAUGGAAAUCUGAACAAAACGGAGAUUGCUUCGAAUCCACGUACCACAAGAAGGCAUACAUGCCUGAUUACAAUGGAACAGUCGAUCCACUGGUCGGUGUGGCUGACUGUACAAAGACACCAUGCGGUGCCACUGAGAAAGUCAAAUCCGAUUGUCCAGCUGCUUUUGGAGAGAAAUGGAAUGAGGUCAAAGUGCUUUAA